GAAACCUUGAUAGUGAGUUGUUCUCUGAGAUUGAAUCCAGCAAAAUUAAGGCCAAGAGGUCAAAAUAACAAGAAUAUGUUUUGAAACCACGCUGGGAAGAUUCCGUGCUCUGAAUGCUGCACGUCAUUGUAGUGUGCCUGUUUUAAAGCGCCGUCUAUCGACUAAAAUCUUGAAGUGUAGAUAGGAUUCUGGGAUACUACAAAGAUGGAAGUGAGAAUGCAUUGUGUUGCCAAAGCACUCUUUAUGUAAUGGCAGAUAGUACAGACGUUGGGUUUGACUUGCUGUCAGCAGUCCUCAAUGAAUCAGGAUUGUCUCCUGAUAUAAGCGAGACCAGUUUGACAACAACCCCCUCUGUUACAGAGCCAGUGCAAACCACAGCAGCUACGACUAGCACAAACACAGUGGACAGUGAUUCUAACACUGGGUUUGGUUUUGGCUUUGGUGAUGGAGGGGAUGUAGACAUAUUUACGCAGGCUCUACAGCAGCUCUCAGCAACCAACAUCCCAUUCAAAUCAUUAAGUGAGUCCAUUACAGAAAAAGAUAAGGAAGUGCAAUCAGAAGAAGUCAGUUCAACUCCGAGCAAUGUAAAUGAAGUGCAAAAAGAACAAAAAAUUCCAUCCCUCUCCAUAGCACCAACCUUAGCGACAUCAUCAUCUCCACCAUCAUCUGCAACAUCUUCCAUACCAGCUUCGAAAAACACUGUGACUGCUGGGGAAGUGAACGUUAGUGCAUCAUCUGUUGGAAUAAAACCAGAAAUAAAAACAGAAGUACCAUUACAGAUUCAUCCAGUAAGAGCACCUCCACUUUCUGCUCAAGUCAGCACACCAGUUAUAUCGAGGACAAACAAUACUGUUCUGCAGCAGACAUUGACUAAUACUUCUCAGAUCCAGCCCCCAAAAAAGGUUGUCUACAACCUCUCCACUGUGCAAACAGCACAAGGCCCAAAGCUCACAGCAGUGCCUUCCAUACAACCUGGUGCCAGUGGAGAGAAAAAGUUAACUGUAGGUGGCGGUUCAGGUGGAGGACUUACUUUAUCAGUAGGCAAUAAGGUAUUUCACAUACCAUCACGGAAUGCACAGGGUGCUGGAGGUGGUGCACGACCAGUAAAACUACAGACCCCCGAUGGAAAGGUGCUACAUAUUCCAUCUACUGGUGUUCAAGCAAAGAGUGUAGCUACAGGAGGGUCAUUGUUGAAAAUCAGCUCCCCUGCAGUGACUAACUCAGCCUUCACUACCAGUGGAGGAAGACUUGUGCAGUUAAACAACCCAAAUACAACUGUGUUACAAUCAGCAUUAUCUGUUAAACCUGUGAAUACUAUAGGACUGGCUACCACCACAUUGGGGAAUGCUGGUCAGAUUGGUUCUAGUGUGCUGAGCAAUUCUGUGUCCAAUGGUGGGUCUCUGUUUGUAACUAACAGUGGCAGUGUGUUGAAACAACAACUGACUCACAGAGAUGUCUCGAGGUUGUGGGCUAAUGAUGACAUAAGCCUCAAGUCUCUUUCACCAGUUAUAUCUUACUCUGCACCCUCUAGUCCAGCUCAGCAAGGAGUAGAUAUUGAGGAGGAAGCAGAACUAGAGGAUGAAGAACUGGGUCACGCUGAAACUUACGCAGAUUAUAUGCCUGAAAAAUUAAAAAUUGGUAUCAAGCACCCAGACCCUGUAGUGGAGACCAGUUCACUAUCUAGUGUUGAGCCUCCAGAUGUAAACUAUACUCUGGCUAUUCCUGAACAUGUGAUAGACUAUGGAGAGUUGUCUGCUCUACAGCUUGAGGCUGUCACAUAUGCUUGUCAAAGGCAUUCUACAUUCCUGCCCAAUGGGGAAAGAGCAGGCUUUCUCAUAGGUGAUGGAGCUGGAGUGGGGAAAGGCAGAACUAUAGCAGGAAUUAUUAACGAAAAUUACAUUCGUGGGAGAAAGAGAGCAAUAUGGUUGAGUGUGUCUAAUGAUUUACGAGUGGAUGCUGAAAGAGAUUUGAGAGACAUCGGAGCAUCAAAGAUAGAUGUUGUAGCAUUGAACAAGUUCAAAUAUGCCAAACUAACCUCCAGUGAAAAUUCCAAGUUUAAGAAAGGUGUGAUAUUUGCCACCUACUCCUCUUUGAUUGGUGAGAGCCAGUCUGAAGGCAAGUACAACACGAGGAUGAAACAGCUUCUGCACUGGUGUGGACUGGACUUUGAUGGGGUGAUUGUCUUUGAUGAAUGUCACAAAGCCAAGAAUUUAGUCCCAGUGGGCUCCUCCAAGCCUACCAAGACAGGCAUGGCUGUCCUGGAACUCCAGAAUAGGCUUCCCAAAGCAAGAGUUGUCUAUGCUAGUGCCACAGGUGCCUCUGAACCCAAAAACAUGGCCUACAUGACCAGGCUGGGACUGUGGGGAAAAGGGACUCCAUUCAGAGAGUUCAACGACUUCAUCCUAGCAGUGGAGAAAAGGGGAGUUGGUGCUAUGGAAUUGGUCGCCAUGGAUAUGAAACUGAGAGGGAUGUACAUUGCCAGGCAGCUGAGUUUUCAUGGGGUCUCAUUCAGAGUAGAAGAGGUGCCCAUAGAAAAGGGUUUUGUCAGGAUGUACAAUGAAGCAGUCAAGUUGUGGCAGUUAGGAAGAGACAGGUUCCAGCAGGCAGCAGACCUGAUGCAGGCAGAGAGACAGAUGAGGAAGAGCAUGUGGGGACAGUUCUGGUCUGCUCACCAGAGGUUCUUCAAGUACCUGUGUAUCUCAUCCAAAGUCAAAUUUGCUGUGAAGCUGGCAAGAGAGGCAGUGAAAAAUGGAAGGUGUGUUGUAAUAGGCCUACAGUCAACUGGUGAGGCAAGGACUUUGGAGGCUUUAGAUGAGAGCGGAGGAGAAUUGACUGAUUUUGUCUCCACAGCAAAGGGUGUGUUCCAGACACUUGUAGACAAACAUUUUCCUGCACCUAACAGAAGGAAAGCUAUGGACCUGUUUGGACUGGGAGACUCUAGAAGUCUGAUCUUUGAUGACAGCCCUGUCCCUAGCCCAGGAAGCAGGGCUGGGGGAACCAAGAGGAAAAGAGAAGACCCUUUUGACCUACAAAGUUUCAAGAAACAAAAGUCGGACAGUUCAUCAAGCAAUGAAUCUUCAUCCUCUGAAAGUGAAGCAGAAUCAUCUCACUCUGAUUAUGAUUCAGAUGAAGAUGAUUUUAACCCAUUUGCUAACUCAGACAGUGAUGAAGAUCCCUGGCUAAAGAAGACAAAGAACAAGAAAGCAAAAAACAUAAAAAAGAAGAAGAAGAAGAAAAAGAAGAAGAAGAAGAAACAGAAGAACUCAAAGGAUGAAGAGUUUGACAGAGCACUUGAAGCUGCCGGCUUGAAGUCGUUUAAUAAUAGCUUGCUCACCAGAAAUGAUUCCAGUUCAAACCUUAGCUCAAUGAGCCGUACCACCAGCAGUGCAUUUCUCCCUGGCAUGGAUUCUGUAGAGAAGGCUCAAGCACUAAAGCAGGAACUUCUCGAUAUGUUGGAGGAAAUAGGGGAUAAACUGCCUCCUAAUACUCUGGAUGAGUUGAUUGACUCCCUGGGAGGACCUGAAUAUGUGGCAGAGAUGACUGGUAGGAAAGGUCGUGUUGUGAGCAAUGAAGAUGGAGGGGUGGUAUAUGAAUCUCGCAGUGAGAUGGAUGUCCCACUUGAGGUCCUCAAUCUCACAGAAAAACAGAGAUUUAUGGAUGGGGAAAAGAAUGUUGCAAUCAUAUCUGAAGCUGCCAGCUCUGGUAUUUCCCUCCAAGCUGACAGGAGAGCACUGAACCAAAGACGCCGUGUUCACAUCACACUUGAGCUGCCUUGGAGUGCAGACAGGGCAAUUCAACAGUUUGGGCGUACCCACAGGUCUAACCAAGUGAGUGCCCCAGAGUAUGUGUUCUUGAUCUCAGAUUUAGCAGGAGAAAGGAGAUUUGCUUCAACUGUUGCCAAAAGAUUAGAAAGCUUGGGAGCUCUAACCCAUGGAGACAGAAGAGCAACAGAAACUAGAGAUCUCAGUAGAUUCAAUAUAGAAAAUAAGUAUGGGCGUACUGCCUUAGAGAGUGUGAUGAAAUCUGUGAUGGAUAUGGAAAGUCCUUUGGUCCCCCCACCAGCUGACUAUCAGGGCAACUUCUUUGCAGAUGUACAGAAGGCUUUGGUGGGUGUUGGCUUGGUGACAAGUGAUGAAAGGUUUGGUUUGCCAACACUUGAAAAAGAUUAUAAUAAUAUCAGCAAAUUCCUGAACCGCAUACUGGGAAUAGAUGUAGACCUUCAAAACAGAUUGUUCAAAUAUUUCAUGGACACACUGACUGCUAUAAUUCUUCAAGCCAAGAGGAAUGGUCGCUGGGAUUUGGGGAUCUUAGAUCUUGGAUCUGGAGGUGAAAAUGUAAAGGUAAUAGAAACUAAGACUUUUACCAGUCAGUACUCAACAGGCACAGCCAGGACUGAGCUUUACACAGUAAGCGUAGAACGUGGUAUGACCUGGGACAAAGCACUGGACAUAUGGAGAGACCAUGUAGGCAAAGAGGAUGGAUUUUAUGUCUUAAGAAAUCAAACCUUUGGGAAGCCCACAGCUGUUCUGGCAGUUAGUAUGACUGGCAAAAAGAAAGACAAGAAGAUGUUUACCAUAUACCGACCAAACAUUGGUUUGCAAGUCAGAAAUGAAUCCAUAGAGGAUAUCAAGAAGAGGCACAAAAGGGUUACCCCGGAUGAAGCUCAGGCCUAUUGGUUGGAUCAGUACCAAGCAUCAGGGACAACCUGCAGUCAUGCAUACUGGAAAGGGAGUUGCAAGAGAGUAAGCCUGGGACUGCCCUGUGAGAUAGGUCUGCGAACAAGGACAUACCAUGUCCUGGGGGGCUCUGUACUCAGUGUCUGGGGGAAGGUGGAAAGUGUCUUGACUUCCAUGCCAGGAGGUAACCAUUCCAGGAUGCAGAUUAUAAGACUACGUACAGAUGAGGGGAAGAGAAUUGUUGGGACCCUGAUACCAGACAACUGUGUGAGCCCGCUGUGCAAUGUGCUGUCAAUGGAAAGCCAGGCUGCAGCCAAUUCCUUACACGGUGAUAAUACCUACAAGAAUAUACCAGGACCCAUAGCUUCAAUGAGCAGUGUGCCUCAAGCUGCAAGUCUCCAUGUCAGUAAAUCCCAGCCAUCUCUCCUACACAUGCCUAUGAUUGUGUAAACUUGUCAAUCUGCUCAAUUUGUUAGGUAUAGGGAUUCUAACCGGAGAGAAUUGUUACAUGUUAUAAAUUUCAGUUACUGUUUUUCAACAUUUAAUGGUUGAUUUUUUUUUCUCAAUGGUUUUCAACAACAGUUUACCGUUUCCAUUCAAGAUCAUACAUUGAGAAAGGUGUUUGACGAGAUAAUUUCAUUCAUUUUCUACAUUCAGGUGUAACAAAGUUGACAGGUUCACUUUGUGAAUGUCUUCAUUCCAGUAUAAUUCUAUUUGAUCAGUUUUAAUCCAUAUGCAUGCUAAUGUUUCAUCUGGUGGACAUGUGGAAUCAUUUAUUAGAUUCAGACUGGAAGUUUGAAUCAUUUAUGAAUGUUCAUAGUAUCUCAACUUUUGUCGCUCAUUGUAGAGUCAAUUUUGUUCAUAUAACAAAUUACAAAUGUCUUCAUAACUGGUGCUUAUAAAAAAGAAAGAAUUUUAAUGCUGAAAGUGCAAUCUACCCAAGAACAUGAUGUGAAUUCUUUGAUAAGCGUAAAUAUAGUUUAAAACUUCCAUUAUAUACUAAUGAUAGCAACCAGAAGGAUUUUGUGUGCUUACCUUAAAUAUCUGGUAUAUAAAAUUUCAAAACAAUCAAUUUCAUGAAAACAUUAGAAGAAACCUCUAUGUAUUGUUAUUAUGUGUAACAAUGGACAAGUAUCAUGCUACACUUAAAUAAAAAUUACUUGAAAUGAAAAAUGAAAUGAAGAAAAUUUUGGUGGGAAUAAUGGAUGGUCUUAGAAAGAACUAUCUCAGUAGUCAAAAUGUGGGAAGGCCAAUCUGCGUAGUAGGGUUAUCUGCAUAUGGAUUUGUUGAUGUGACAGGUGGGAGUGCAACUAGUGACAACAUGGAAGGUUUCUGAAUACAUGCUAUCUGUAUGCAGUCUUCAUUUACACUAAAUUGUUACCACACACACAUAUAUAUUGAUAAAAUAAAAGGUUUGAUACUAAUGGUUUGUUGCCUUAUGUU